AGUUUGUUGUUAUUCCGUCUUUGUGUGUGUUCUGUGGAGCAACAUGUCACAUAAUUAAUUGGCUCCUGACUACUGAGCGGCACUUAAUGCUAACGUAAUGGUGCCGGUUAGCUGGGCUGGUCUCAUGGAAUCCCCUGUGGAAACCGGUGGCGGCUCCGUGGAUCUAAAUUAACCAGGGAAAUGAGCAGAAGAAGGAGGUAAAGUGGUGGUGGUUGGCUUCCUGCGGGAUUUUGCACAGGCUUUUUUGUUUUUCCGUGGACAUGCCUUUUCUAUGGAGGAGAGCUGAGCGCAGCUAGCUGGCCGACAGUCCGGCUAGCUCAACAUUUCCAGGGUUUUUGGAUGAGUGCUCACUUCAAAGACUGAUUUGGUUUGGAUCAUCCCGGGUAAGGACUCAACAUGGGGGAGCCCAGCCUGGACGACGCAAAUGUCAAAGUGGCUGUUCGUGUCCGACCCAUGAACAGGAGAGAAAAGGAACUGAAUACAAAAUGUGUUGUGGAGAUGGUGAAGAACCAGACGAUUCUCCAUCCUGCAGGAACCAACCUUGGCAAAGCAGACUCCAGGAAUCAGUCCAAGGUCUUUGCCUAUGAUUACUGUUUCUGGUCCAUGGACGAGGCAGAUAAAGAGCAUUUUGCAGGUCAGGAGGUGGUGUUCCAGUGCCUUGGGGAGAGUCUUCUCUACAAUGCCUUUCAGGGCUACAAUGCCUGUAUAUUUGCCUAUGGACAAACUGGUUCGGGAAAAUCAUACACAAUGAUGGGGUCAGGGGAUCAGCCUGGUCUGAUUCCUCGCCUGUGCAGUGCUUUGUUUGAACGAACCCAGAAGGAGCAGCGUGAGGAGGAAAGCUUUACUGUGGAGGUUUCCUACAUGGAGAUAUACAACGAGAAGGUCCGGGAUCUACUUGAUCCCAAAGGGGGUCGACAAACCCUCAGAGUGAGAGAGCAUAAAGUGUUGGGCCCCUACGUGGAUGGUCUGUCUCGACUAGCCGUGGCCUGCUACAAGGAUAUUGAGUCUCUAAUGUCAGAGGGGAAUAAGUCUCGGACUGUUGCUGCUACCAACAUGAACGAGGAGAGCAGUCGAUCGCAUGCUGUCUUCAACAUCAUCCUCACACACACACUCAAAGACUUGAAGUCUGGGACAAGUGGAGAAAAGGUGAGUCGGCUAAGUCUGGUAGAUUUAGCUGGAAGUGAGCGCGCAGCAAAAACUGGAGCAGCAGGGGAACGCCUGAAGGAGGGAAGCAACAUAAACAAGUCCCUGACUACCCUGGGUCUGGUGAUCUCGGCACUGGCUGAACAGGGAACCGCAAAGAACAAGAACAAGUUUGUCCCUUACAGAGACUCUGUUCUGACAUGGCUGCUCAAGGACUGUCUGGGGGGGAACAGUCGCACAGCGAUGGUUGCAACUGUGAGUCCAGCAGCAGACAACUAUGAGGAGACACUGUCGACGCUGCGUUAUGCCGACAGAGCAAAGAGCAUAGUCAACCAUGCUGUUGUUAAUGAAGAUCCCAACGCUCGCAUCAUCAGGGAGCUCCGAGAAGAAGUAGAGAAACUACGAGUACAGCUAACCCAAGCAGAGUCUUUAAAGGCUCCAGAGUUGAAGGACCGUCUGGAAGAAUCGGAGAAGUUGAUUCAAGAGAUGACCGUUACGUGGGAGGAGAAGCUUCGCAAAACUGAAGAGGUUGCACAGGAGCGUCAGAAGCAGCUAGAGAGUCUGGGUAUAUCUCUUCAGUCCUCAGGGAUUAAAGUUGGAGAAGACAAAAGCUUUCUUGUCAACCUUAAUGCUGAUCCUGCUCUUAAUGAACUGCUGGUGUACUACCUGAAGGAACAUACAAAAGUGGGCUCAGCAGACUCGCAGGACAUCCAGCUGUGUGGGAUGGGUAUCCAGGCAGAACACUGCAUCAUAGACAUUACAGCAGAGGCCGCCGUUAUCCUCACCCCCUACAGCAAUGCUCGGACAUGUGUAAAUGGUUCUCCAGUAACCAGCCCUCUGCAGCUUCACCAUGGUGACCGAAUCUUUUGGGGCAACAAUCACUUCUUCAGGAUAAACCUGCCAAAGCGACGGUCACGGGGAGCAGAGGAUGAGGAGGGUGAGGGGGGUGUGAUGAAGAAUAGUGGCAGUAGUGAACAGCUGGAUGCAGAUGGUGACACAGCUAGCGAAGUGUCCAGUGAAGUCAGCUUCUCUUAUGAGUUCGCCCAGACAGAGGUCAUGAUGAAAGCCCUCGGCAAUAAUGACCCCAUGCAGGCAGUCCUCCAGUCUCUUGAGAGACAGCAUGAAGAGGAGAAGCGCUCCGCUCUGGAGCGUCAGAGGCAGAUGUAUGAGCAGGAGCUCCAGCAGCUCCGUAAGAAACUGAACCCGGACCGCCUGUCCACAGGCUACUCUGGAACACUAGCACCUGGCCAACAAGGCCAAGGGCAGCAGUACCGCAGCCUGGAGAGACUCAGCAUGGGAGGGAUGAGCCAUUCAACCAGUGCUCAGAGUAGACUGAGGCAGUGGAGUGAGGACAGAGAGGCGGUGUUGGUGAGGAGUCUGAGAAGACUGAGGGAGCAGAUAAUGAGGGCAAACACCCUGGUGCAGGAAGCCUGUUUCAUUGCUGAGGGGCUGGAACGACACACAGAGUACAGAGUCACUCUCCAGAUCCCAUCAGACAACCUCAACGCAAACCGCAAGAGGGAUGCUGUGCUCAGUGAACCAGCGAUUCAGGUUAGGCGUCGUUGUCGAGGCAAACAGAUCUGGAGCUUGGAGAAGAUGGAGAACCGUCUGGUGGACAUGAGAGAGCUGUACCAAGAGUGGCAAGAUUACCUCCUCCAUCACAAUGACAACCCAGUGAUGCGUUCAUAUUUCCGUCGGGCUGACCCCUUCUUUGACGAACAGGAAAAUCACAGUUUGAUCGGGGUUGCCAAUGUCUUCCUUUCCUGUCUUUUUUAUGACGUCAAGAUGCAGUAUGCAGUUCCCAUCAUCAACCAGAAGGGGGAGGUUGCAGGGCGUCUCCAUGUGGAGGUGGUGAGGGUUGGAGGCGGCUUUGAGGACAACAUGGCUGGAGGAGAUGAACCAGACCACAACCAAGACAGUGAGAUCGAGGAUCGUAAACUUGUAUGCAUGAUUAAGAUCCUGCAGGCCACUGGUCUUCCCCAGUACCUGUCCAACUUCGUCUUCUGUCAGUACUCUUUCUGGGAUCAGUCUGAGCCAAUCAUCGUUGCUCCUGAAGUUGACCCAUCAUCCUCAUCACCCAGCACCAAGGACCCACACUGCAUGGUGGUGUUUGAUAGCUGCAAGGAACUAGCAGUGUCGGUGUCUGAGGACUUCAUAGAGUACCUCACAGAAGGAGCAGUAGCCAUCGAGGUUUAUGGACACAGGCAGGCAGAUGCUGGGAGGAACCCAGCGCUGUGGGACCUCAGCAUCAUCCAGGCCAAGACACGCACACUACGAGACAGAUGGAGUGAGGUAACACGUCGCCUGGAACUGUGGAUUCAAAUCCUGGAGAUAAAUGAGAACGGAGACUUUGUCCCAGUAGAAGUGGUUCCUGCUAGAGAUGUACAGACUGGAGGAAUAUUCCAACUUCGGCAGGGUCAGUCAAGGCGGAUCCAGAUAGAUGUGCGUUCAGUUCAAGACUCAGGCACCAUGCCUCUGAUAUCAGAGAUAGUGCUUGCAGUGUCAGUAGGCUGUGUGGAAAUCAGGACUGUUACAGCAAACCAGGAAGCAGAUGAGAUGGACAGUUAUCAGGAAAGAGAUCUGGAACGCCUGCGCAGGCAGUGGCUUGCUGCUCUCACCAAGAGACAGGAAUACCUCGACCAGCACCUACAGAGCUUGGUCAGCAAAUCAGAAAAGACAGAGGAUGACAUGGAGAGAGAGGCUCAGCUGCUGGAGUGGCGCUUGACUCUGACAGAAGAAAGAAAUGCUGUCAUGGUGCCCUCUGCUGGCAGUGGCAUCCCCGGAGCACCUGCUGAAUGGGUUCCUCUGCCAGGCAUGGAGACUCAUAUUCCUGUCAUCUUCCUGAACCUUAAACCUGAUGACCUCAGCUCUCAAGACCAGUUUGAAGUUCCUGACGCUGGAGGAUGGGAUGCAACUCUGAAUGGAGAAGACGAGGAUGACUUCUUUGACCUGCAAAUUGUCAAACACUAUGAUGGAGAGGUGAAAGCAGAGGCAUCAUGGGACUCCACUGUCCACGAAUGUCCCCAGCUCAGUCGUGGAGGAGCGUGGCCUGAGCACCGGGUGUACUUGACAGUCAGAGUAGUUGUUCAGCUCAGCCAUCCUGCUGACAUGCAGCUCGUCCUGAGGAAGAGAAUCUGCGUCAAUGUAAACCCUGGCCGCCAGGGGUUUGCCCACAACUUUCUCAGAAGGAUGUCCACCCGCAGCACCAUACCAGGCUGUGGGGUCACAUUUGAGGUGGUCUCCAACAUCCCAGGGGAUGCCCCUGGAUCAGAGGACAGGGAGAUGUUGGCCCGACUCGCUGCCAGUGCACACAACAGCCAGUCAGGUGAUGACGAGGCUGCCAUUGAGAAAUACCUCCGAAGUGUCAUGAGUCUGGAGAACAUCCUGACUCUGGACAGACUGAGACAGGAGGUGGCAGUGAAGGAGCAACUGGUGAGCAGAGGGCGGAGCAACAGAAGAAGCCUAAGCUCUCCCUCUGUCAACCGGAUGUCUGGAAGUAGACAAGACUUGUCCACAACCUGCCUGCUGGAUGAUAAAGGUCGAUGGGAGAGUCAGCAGGAUAUCUUCAUGCCUUCUCAGUUUCACCGCACCCUCCCUCGCCCCGCCUCCUCUCCUUCCACCUACUCCACUUCCCCUUCUUCCUCCGCCACAGCCAUCACUAUGACCCCUCCACAGAAUCAGGAACCAGAGCAAGGUCGUUUAGGACUUGCUGCCUCUUAUCUUUCAGUUAAGGCGCUGGUUCCUCAAAUGCCAAAACUGCUCAAGUCUCUGUUUCCAGUGAGAGAUGAUAAAAAGGAGCUGAGACCGUCGCCGCACAGUCAGCAGCAGCAUGUGCCUCGCAUCGUGACAUCAGGAGACGACAACCGAGCCAAGACAGAGACGCCUCUGACCAAAGACAGGCGGGCAGAUUUCCCAGAAGUCCCUCCUCUUCCUGUGCAUGAUCCGCAUGACACCACCCCCCUCAGCCCCCUCAGCCAGUCGUCAAGUGGCUACUUCUCCACUAGUGUUUCGACAGUUACUCUGUCUGAUGUUCUCCAACCCUCCUCCUCGUCUUCCUCCCUCCUGGCUGCUGAGACUACGUUACCCUUAAACCCCCAGCAGCAGCCCAGUGCUGACAGGAACGAUGUUGUGACCUCUCCUUCUUCUCAGUGUGCUGCCAGGAUGGCUGUCGUUCCUCCACCCUCUUCGAACAGCUCGACUAAUCACAACAGCGUCACUGCAGAAAAAUCCUUCUCCAAACAGAGGCUGGUAAACUCAGAGGGAGGAGGAGAAGUGUAUGAACGGCUGGAGAUUGUUCUGGAUGAGGAAGAGCGUAACCAUGAAGAUGUACUACCUGAUUGGCUGAGAGACGGGGCAUAUGUGACAGUAGGCAGUAAUAAGGCUGGCACAGUGCGCUACAUGGGACUGACACAGUUUGCCGAAGGAGUGUGGGUGGGGGUGGAGCUGGACACUCCUGUAGGUAAGAAUGACGGUUCAGUCGGAGGCCAUCGAUAUUUCCACUGUAAACCUGGGUACGGGGUGCUGGUUCGCCCGGACCGCCUGUCCUGUUGCGACCGGACCAGUCGACAAACGGGGGAUUUUGCCGCUCCUGCUCACGUCCCUGUCCUGCGAGGAGAAGCCAUUGUUGCACGAAGAGUGGAGAACCGCAAGUCAUGGAGCAGUUGAGACACAAGAAUUCUGAGCUUAAUCGAAGAGAUGAACUCCAUUCAGCCUUCCUUCUUCCUCCUCCUCCUCCUCCUCCUUCUCUGAGCUAUGCAACAGGCGAAUACAUCAGAACUGACUUACUGCCAAGCUUCCUUUUGUUAGGAAAAUACACUCACAACAUCUAUUCACAGUCAAUGGAUGGAUACUAGAUUAAGGACAGUAGAGAGACUGGUGAGAAUGAAUGGUAGUAAGUUGAUGAAAGUAUAUUGACGUCCAUGGAAGGACUGGUAAUCACGUGGGAAGAUGACGUUAGAUUAAUGGUGGUCAGUGGGACGACUGCUGAGUGAAUGAAGCAGGCGCUGUCUGGUGGAGUAAAUAAUACACCGCAGACAGACAGUAUGACCCGUCUGAUUUUGGUCUGUGUUGACACGCAGGGAUUCAAACUGGUCACAUUUUAGCCAUGAGUCAAACCACCGUGGCUGCUCACCUCUGCUACGUUUUCUCCUGCGAUGCAGACUGACCGACACUCAUCUCUCCCUCUCUGACCCUCCGUUUCUUUUCUUAUGAAGAUAGAUUCUCCCAAAAUGUGCCUUCACCAUGGCUUGGUUUGCAUUUGUUGUGUGUAUUUAAUUUCUGUUGGCUGUGUUUGUGUUGAGGAAAAUGCCUUGUGCUAAGUGUGAAGUGAUCUCAGGGACUGUAGAGGGGAAAUGGUAAGGAUGGGUGUGUUUGUGUGUGUGUGUGUGUAUUUGUAAAUGUUGUACAGUAUUGACGUGUAUGCACAAGUUCAUGUUGUCACAGUCGUGUUGGUGUUAAAGAUGAGAUGUGUAGAGCAGGAAAACAUAUGUCCUCGCUGGACAAAGCCACUAUGGGAGCAAGUUGGUUUGUACUGAGAGGCUUUAAAAGUUGAUUUUGCACUGGAGAAGAAGCUUCUGUAUGUGACUAACGUGUCUGUGGUCAUGAGAUGAUGAAACACAGAGGAAGGCGACGUGUUAACACAUGGUGGCUGUUGUCUACGUAUGUGGUUGUCUCCUGACACCGGGGGCGCUGUCUAUAAAGUUAUAGUCCGCUGAUGUGUUGGUGGAAAUAGGCAGUGUGUGUUGAGUAAAAGAAAGUGAGGCAGACACACAGAAUUUGUUGGGAAUUGAAAAGUGGAUUUGCAUCUAUGCAUUUAAUGUGGGUUUAGUUUUUAACUUUUAUUUCAUUACGACUCGCACAACUGGGAGAAUGAGCUGAGGAGUACAUUCUGGGAAAGUAUUUAAUACAAAAGCAGUUUGGACUGGUUAAACUUUUCUUGCAUGUGCUGGAGAACAUGAGGACGAUCAUGAGACAGACUUUGGGAUUAUUAUUAUUAUUUUAUUUUUAAUCACCGUUUUAUCAAACAUCCCAAGGCGACUUGACCAUUUUCAUACUGACCUUUGGAAAAGCGGUGGCAGUUCAUCACAGCACACCUCAUUUCUUAAGAAUGUAGACGCAGCAGCCUGUGUGCUUAAAUUCUUUCCAUUAGUUAAAGGGCCACUGCAGCAUUUGGGCACCUCUGUUAACAGUGCUUUGCAGUGUCUUGUGUGGCUCUAGAAACGCUUCGUCGCGUCUGAGAAAGUAACCGUUAGGUUACUGCAUGAAGACGGCAGGCAAUAAAAGACGUGGACGGUUGGGAUCUAAAGGGACUAGUGCUCGACUCGGCAGUAACUAUAAAUUAGGAUAUCUCGGCCUAUGCUGCUUUGUUUCUUGAUUCGUUAAUCUGUCUCUCACAACUUUCCUAGUUUUAUGGAGCCACUCGUGAGCAGAAGCAUGCACUGGUGAGCUGAUCAGUGGUAGAACAUCGUUAUUAUUAUUUUAACAUUAUUUGGGAUAUUUUAACAGCAGCCAGACAAGGUUCAUAUACUUAUCACAACAAACCUGAUUGUGUUUGCUGACAGAAUCUGGUGUUUGUUGUGGGUUGACUGUUUCUAUGGUAGCCUUGAUUAGUGGACAAAAGUAUCUCACGAUUUUUGCUGUUGAUGAUGAUUCAUAUGAAUACAUUAUGGGGAAUAAGUGUGCAUGUAAAAGCACAGAGCAUGUCCAGACUUUAUCAUUUUAUUCAACGUAUCUUUUUGUUUUGUUCCUCUUGUUUCUUCAUUCGGGAAGCUUGACUUUACUAUUUAUAUUUAAAGUGGUUGUACACAUGCCUUUAUCGCAUUAAAAUUGAUAAAGCCUUUUUAUUUGAAUGAAUAUUGCACAAAUGAUUCUAUGAAAAUUGCUGCUAUUAGCAUUUGUGAAUUUUAACCUGUAAAUGGAUCGGUUGAUUUAUCUGAACUAUAUUCUAGAUUGGAGUCACUUGUUUGUUGUCUUUAUCCCAGACAGAGAAACUAAUGACAGCGCUUUUGGUUUAGUGACCAAUAUAUUUAUAAUGAAGUGGUAGAUUUUUGAAAAAUGAGGCACUUUGUUUCUGUGAGCCUUGAGUGUGGAGCAUUUUCUGCAUUUUUU